CAUGGAGUAUAGACUAGUCAACAUUAACAUGAAAAUUGUAAUUUUUUUGACGUUCUACCUUCAUGUUUUUUCUGCAGGUCAAUCUGAGUUUCCUUGUACCUUUCCUUGUAGUUUUAGAAAUAAAACAUUUGAUCUGUAUCAAGAUUUAAUUAAUGCUGAGUCACCAUUCACAACGUGGACUUUCAAUGCUGACGGAUCGGCAGCGACCGUUUUCGGUGAUUCAGUUAAUUGUUUUCAAGUAUCUGAACAGUUUCUUAUUAUCAGAGUAGAAAACUCGUCAAUAUUUUUGUGUUUCCCAAUCUUUUACACAGCCGGGCAAUCAAACUUUACAUUUGUCUUACGAGGUAAUUUGAAUGCUAAAGAAUUUGAGAAUGUAAGUUCAGCUUUAAAUCAGUCUCAAUUGUGUGAAGUAUGCGGAGUAAACAAUGCUAACACAGUUACAGUCGUAGCAAUAGAACAACCAUCAUCAUAUCCAGACUCAGUUACUCCCGCUGUAUGCCAAGUUCCAUCUUUCUGUCCAUCAAAUAUAAUGACAUCCUGUCCAGAAGAAGGUAGUAUCCCGACGGAAUGUAGUGGCGUCACUACGAAUUCACCAACGACUGUUACUACAGACACACCAACCACGACCACUUCCGAAAUUCCAACGACCAUUGGAACCAAGAAACCAUGUGCUAGGAGGAGACACAAGCAUACUAAUGGACAUUAA